AACUUACUCAAAAAUGCAUUGACUGCUCAGCAGCAGUUGGUGUGUGUCUUUAUAUCUAUGCCUUGCAUAUUUCUUGUGUAUCGCACUUUUUGCCAGCAUACUUUUCGCCUGCCGCUUGCCGCCUUGCGGUUUGCUCCGCCGCCGCCAAUCUGUCAACUCGGUGUUGCCACUCACUCGCAGACAGCGCUGGCAAUUUGCACACUUGUGGCGCAGCGCGCUCCAUAAUUAUUACAAUUUCAUUGGAUUAUCGUUCAGUUUCCACUGAGUUUUCCACGCGUUCGUAUCGAGCGGCGCUCUGGUGUCGCGUUAAACCGCGUGACGCGCGCGUUGCAUUACUGCACCAUACGCCUCCUUAAUUUAUUUAACACUUAUACACACAUACACACAAGUGCCAUUCGAGGGACGAGUGGACGCUUUGAUGUCCUGCCAUAUAAAUUAACAUAUAUUUACGUCUACGUUUAAGGACGCUAAGUUUGAUUUUCGUUUUGCAUAGAAGAAGUUAAUUGCAAGUGUUUACGCGUUCGGCUUCGCUGAAAGUGUGUUUGUGUUCGUUUGUUUUGUUUUCGUGCGUUUCCGUACGCAUCCUUUCUGCGUGCUUCUGCGCAGAGUUGCAAAAAAAUAUUUUUUUUUUCGUUUCUUCAAAUAUUUUUAUAUUUGUUAAGUGAUUUACAGUGCCGGCAGUGCACUUUCACGAAAGCAAUCUGUGCAAAUUAGCAAUCAAAUAAUUGAAAAAUCAUAAUGUUGCUGAAAAUCGUAACGAAUUUCGUUUGUGGUGAAGUGAAGAAAGUCAAAACGAAUUUGACGAUGUUCUUGAUCUUCUUCUGGGUGAUUUGGUUCUCGCAAUUGAUUGCCAUAUCGACGAUGUUUCUCAGCUUGCCGGAUAUCACGGAGAUUCCUACAAUCACUGUGACAGAAUUGCCAUUGGAAAUACUGGAGCCCACGCGCGGCAAUAUCGAAGCGCUCGUCAUUGAUGCCGCCAAAGAGACCAUUGCGCGAGAGCAUGAAAAUCAUACAUUGGACGUAUUGGAGAACAGCAGUGAGGCUAUAAGAAAGGACGAAGAAAUCAUCAAAUUUGACGACUCUGGCGGUGGUGAACACACACAGCCGACGCUGACGGGCGCAGAUCUCAAUUCCAGCGAAAUUCCAUCAAACAUUCCAAUUGUUAAUGCCACCAAAGCACCAACGAGGACAACACAAAAUGAAAGCGAUAGUCCAGCCACUGCCACCCCUGCCGUAGCAGACAUCGCGGCUGGUGAUAACAAUGACGGUAAUACCGUUAAUCUCACUGUCGAAGAGGUGCCCAUACCAGUAUUCUCCGAAUGGGCGCAAAAGCAAAUGGAGGCCGCUGAAAAGCAGCAGGCAAAAGAGCAGGAGGUAGUAAAUACCGCCACGCAGAAAAAGAAUCACACCAAUGGGGAUGGCAAACGUGCAGCGCCACUUAAAAUGCGUAACAAGAACUAUGCAUCACCCGAUUGUGGUGCCAAAAUAAUCGCCUCCAAUGCGGAUGCGAGCAAUACGGGUGCAGUGUUGAGCUCCUCAAAGGACGAGUACAUGUUGAGCCCCUGUGGCAAUCGCAUUUGGUUUGUCGUCGAACUCUGCGAGGCGAUACAAGCGCAAAAAGUCGAAUUGGCCAAUUUUGAGUUGUUCUCUUCGUCGCCGAAAAAUUUCACCGUCGCUGUCUCAAAUCGUUUCCCCACACGCGAUUGGUCGAAUGUGGGUCGUUUCAUAGCAGAAGAUAAGCGGAAUGUGCAAAGUUUUGACUUACAUCCACAUUUGUUUGGCAAAUUUGUGCGCGUUGACAUACACUCACACUACUCCAAAGAGCAUUUCUGCCCGGUGUCACUUUUUCGCGUCUUUGGCACAUCAGAGUUCGAAGCUUUCGAAACGGAAGAUACACCGCACAUCGAUUUGGAUGAUUUUGACGAUGAAUUCGGGCAAGAACAAGUACAUGCGAAGAGUCCUGAUAUGAAUCUGUUUAAGUCCGCCUCCGACGCCGUACUCUCGAUCGUCAAGAAAGCGGCCGAAGUGCUUGUCAAACCCGCAAACCAACAGAAUACGACACUAACAAUCACGCAAACACACACAACGCAGUGUCGUUCACCGGCAACGGGACCAUAUAACUGCGUCGACUGUGGUCAACCGCUAGUAGCGCGCAUCAACAAUGCGCUCUCCUGUGAGUAUCAGUCUCUGCAAGCGCUGCUUAGAGUGCCAUGGCUGCUGAAAGAUCUACUGCGCACGCGCAUUUGCGCCAAGGAUUUUGGCAUUGAACUGAAAGCAAAAUCUAACGGCGAACUGGGUAUGCGCAUGCAAAUGGACGUGAAAAACAGUUAUUACCUGAAUUUGCUGCCGAGAGAAUAUGUAGGCGCGCUGUGUCAAAUGCUAGCGACGCAAGCAAAAGCGAAAUCACCAACAACAACUGCAGCGGACGACACGCAAGACGAAAAUGCGGUUACGGAACCGCCUUUAAAUCUAACUAUCGACAAGAAAUUGAAAAAAGACGAUUUUCGAAUCAUCGACGGCACGCAAAAGAAGCUAGUUACAAGCGAAACCACAAAACUCGGUGACGACAUUACAACUGAAAACGCUGAAGCAACAUUUAACGGUGAAGGUGCACCACCACCACCACCAACAACAGCAACAAGCACAACAGAAAGUGGGACAGCGGAAGCAGAGCAAAUUGCACGUCCACCGCAAGCGAACAUAGACGACGCAACGACAACAACACAUGCGCCACACACAAGCGGUGGCAAGGAACCAACACCCGAUGUAAAUAUAUUCAAUGUACCUGCACAUAACGAACAACAAGAAUUGCAAAAACCAUCGCAACCCAGCGAACCAAGCGCUGGCAGCCACACAGCGGAGCAGCAGAGCAGCGGUGACUCAAGUGAUGACAGCAGCGCUCCAAGCAGCACAACAACUUCGAUACCACCUGCAAACGGCGACAGUCUAAAAGUGCUUGCUGACAGCACGAGCAGCGAUAACGCGCCACCGCCGGUGCAGCCAACGCCAACCACUACCGUUACACCCUCAUUGGGCUCACGCAGUGAAGAGGAUGCCGCCUCUUGGGAGAACAUCGAUAACUUGAUUACUUCUACGACAGCAGCGCCGAGUGGCGGCGAGGCGAGCGCGCAUGGCAGUCAGCCUGGCGUGAAUCUACAGCAGAAAAUACCCAGCGGUCCACAAUCGGAGAGCGUCUUCAUACGCUUGUCCAAUCGUAUUAAGGCGCUUGAGCGGAAUAUGUCCCUAUCGGGACAAUACCUGGAAGAACUAUCCCGACGCUAUAAGAAACAAGUGGAAGAGCUACAACUCACACUCACGCAAACGGUGCAAACAGUACGCACGCUGGAGGAACAGAAUCGCCGCCAAAGCGAGCUACAACAAUUGCUCGCGCAACGCAAUACCCAACUGAAGGAGGAACUGGACGACCUGUCGCUGCAGGUGCACGCAUGCAUCGUGGUCAUCAUCUUUGUAGGCGCCUUCGUCUUUCUCGUACUCAUGGUCAGUAUACUCUUCUAUCGUUCUAUGCGACGCCAAACCAAGGAAGUGCUAGCGCUCUACACCAGCACGAAUCGCAAGAAGACAGCUAGCGCGGUGGCUGCAAUGCAGAAAAAACUCAAUCGACGUAAGUCAUUUGAAGAUUUCUCAGAUCAUCAGCAGAGCGGUGAGAAAAUGCGACGACCCAGUGAGGAGGCGCUUAUGAUACUGAAGGAAAGCAGUGAUGGUAAAACUGUCGAAGCUGUUGGCGAUGCAGCGAAAAAUCCAACACAGCGUGAAAGGAAAAUGUCCAUUUGCUACAGCAACAAUAUGAGCGGAACGAAUCUCUCGCAUGAUACAACUAUCGUGCGUGCGGAAGGCGAAGCAAGCGCUCAAAAUAUCAGGCAACGACGCAAAGGUGAAAAACAUUCCUGGCCAAAUACCGAACAUGCGCAGCAGCAGGCACGCCGUCAUCUCGCCCAGCUAAAUGCCGGAAACGUUACUACUGCAGAGCUGAUGGAAAAUUUCGACAAAGUUAGUGGACGACCACCGCGUGCACCGCCACUAGCAUCUGGUGUUGAAAACCACAAUAAGUCCGCUGGCAACAAAUCGAGACGAAAAACGCAACUGCCGCGCCGACAAGCCUCCGUAUCGCACGAUUUUAUGGGCAGCGCGAAUUCAAAUAAUACGGCAUUACUGGAUAUAGACAGUGCAGCGGAAUACGAUGAAAGUCUACGACUCGAAGAGGAUGAUCUCGACAAUUUCAUACCCACAUCGGACCUGGCAUACAACGAAUUUAUGCCUGAAGGUCCAUCUGGCUAUCAAGUGGACGAUGGUGUGGAGACCGAGGUUGGCGCCAACGCGGAUAGUAAGAAGGCGAGCAAAAAGCUAAGUCGUCUAACAGCGCCGGCUUUCUUUAAAUCACCAUUCGGCAAAAGCCGCAACAAACUACGUAACAGUAAAUCGACAAAGCAUCCACAUGAAUCCACCUCCUGGGAAUGGUAUCGCUCGAAAAACGCCGAGCCGAAGGCGUUAAGUGGUUCGGUGUCAGCAAGUGGUGGUUUCAUGCGCGCAUCACCUACCGUCAGUUUGGACUCAUCAUCACUCUCGGAAAUUUUACUACCAAACAGUCGUACGGAGAACUCUUUUCGCAUACUCGAAGAGGCCAUACUUUCAUCGGGCGAAAGCAUAGCCGCGAGCAGUGUGGCAACAACUGGCACGAGUGCCACAGAUAACGGUAAUGGUAAUACCAACACUAAUGGCAGCCAUAGCAAUGGCAGUAGCAUCGCUAGCAAUAGUAAUCGCAGCUCCACUUCAUCCACAUCGACAAAAAAGAAAAAUCGCAGCUUCAAUAAAAUAUUUCGCAAAGUAUUUUAGACCAUUUUGAGGUGUAUAGUAUUUGCGUAGUUAUUAUUUGCUUAAUUAAUAUAAAUUGUUUGACUAAAGACAGUGCGCUUAGGAGAAUGAGAGAGAAACCGUUAGAAAUAGUUAAGUUUUGAAAUUCAAGCGCCUAUUUGAGUGCAUUUAAGCAGUGUGUAUUUAAAUGAUUUCUGACAUAAGUGCUCACGUACAGUGCGUCAAGUGUUAUCAGAUAAUUAUCCGAACACACAAAGUAUUUAUUGUUGGAUUUCAGUCGCCUGAUAUAGCAUAAUGCGGUUGAAACAGGAAGCCCAGUAAGAAGUAUAUUUCUUAUAUAUUUUCUACGUAAAACGCAAAGCUUAAAGUCUGAAAUUUUACACAAAUUUACAAAUAUGAAGUAACGAUCACUUCGUGCAUAUUCGUGUAGUUGCAUACGAAGUUAUAAUAGGGUGGUCCAAUUAGAAAAUUGUUGGAACUCUGCUUGUAGUUUUCAAAAAAAAAAAUAUUCAACAUGUUGAAGCGUAUUCGUAACUUUUUUGGGUUAGAAAAUAUCAGAAAAUCUAUACUUUUUUUUUUUCAAAGCGCAUUCGAACACUUAAAAUUUCAGUUCAGCACAUUAUUUUGUUUAAUUUAAAUAUUUUUAUUUAUAUUUUCAAAUUUAAUUAACAAAUUCUAUACAUUUUGAAGACUCUGCAUUGCUUUAUACGCACAUUUUCUUCAGUUCAAGCAUUUUCAAUUAUUAAACACUUAAUAUACGACAUUUUACGCUUGCCUGCCGAUAUUCUUGUAAUAAAUUUAUUUCUUUAAAAAUAUUAUUCAAUAUUUUCAUACAAAAUAAUUUUGUUUUUGAUUUAGUUUUUAGUUAAGAGAGUUCAAAAUAAUUAUAUGGCUACGAUCAACAAUUUUGACAAUUCGAAGGAUUGCAAUAAAUAAGAAAAUUACUACUAAGUCAACGAUUUGAUGAAAAGUUGGGAAGAGAGUACGCGAAGAGAGUGUAGCUUCAAAGCUUCACUGCAUAAAUUUAAGAUUUUUUAUUAUACAAAUGCUCGUAAUUAGACCAGACAACAUGUAAAAUUUACUCAUUCGAAAUUUUAAAAAACAAACUUAUGUAAUUUUGUGAUUUAAAUGUUUUUCUAAAGUUUUCCAAAUCCCACUUCAGUCAUAUUUUUAAUAUAUGUCAUGAAUACUUUAGUUUUGUAUAUAUUGUAUGCAUGUAUAUGGAGGAAAUAUUCUAUUUAUAUGAACUGUUGUAAGUAGCCAUUGUAUGUGGCGAAAAAAUUGUUAUUAUUGUAAAAAGAUAGUACAUUUUUGAGACUUAUUUAACAAAAUUUUUAAAUCGCCUGAAUAUUGUUAUUUAUAAGCAAAUUUAUGUACAUACCAAUAUGUACCUGUGUGUAUAGAGUGGUUCAAAUGUGCAGUACAUUUAUGUACUCAAACAUAUUUGUAGGCUGUUAAGUAAAAAAAAAUCGAAAGUAUCCGUUUCGGCAAGACUUACAUAUGUACACCUUGAUAUAGAGUCAUCUAGAUACUUAAAUAUUGACUGUUAUUGCAAAAUAAAUUUUCAAUUUAAGUAGUUACACAUAGAAUAUUGAAUUAUUUUGUAUUUAGAGAAAGAAACAGCAGCGAUUAAUCGACACAUACAUAUUUUCAUCGAGCAAUUGUGUUGAUAAUAACAAUGCGCGUAGAUUUUGCUUUCAUUAACAUUUGUAUUUUAAAUUUUUCAUAGUACUGUAUUUUCUUUACUGGCAUACACACACUAGUGCAUAUAAACAACAUACAAAUAUUUGGAAUAAUCCUUACUUGUACUUGUUAUUCAUACACAAUUGCCAUUUUGGUAGCUUCUUUUAAUUCAGUUUUUCAUUUUUCUCAUUGUGUGUUGUAUUUUCAUAUCUACUAUUUCUAAGUUCCUUUAUUGCAUUAUUCCAUACCAUCAUAAAAUAUUGUUAUCAUUUCAUUACAACGUAAAUAUUUCAUGCAUUCACUAGUUUGUAAAUUAUAUUCUAACUUUAUUCAUAUAAAAUGUAUUUUAAAGCAAUUGUUAUACAUAAGUACAUAUAAGCUUAUUUGUUACAUACAUACAUACUUACAAAUUUUGUUCAGAUAUUAUUUUUGAUUCAUUUGCACAUUCAAUGGCUAAUUUAUUUAAAGUUGCUAUUGAGUGUAAGCUCUUAAAUAUUCUUCUUUCGUGUGUAUAUUUCAUGCUUGUAGUUGUAUUAUGUAAGGGCGCGUACCUUUAUGUAUUUGUAAGAGAUAUUUGCGUUUAUAGCAUAAAAUAAUGCAAUGCCAUAAAGCUGUUUUGUCUAUAGGCGUUAUUUAUUUAAUAAAACAAGGAUGUAGUAGUAUUUUAGGUAAAAUAAAUAUACAUUGGACUUUACGAAAUUGCCACAUUCAUAUAAGACUAUAAUAAAAAGAAAUAAAUUUCGAAAA